UGACGUCAGUCUCGGUCAUAUCUCCUCGUUUUUGUUUAUAUUUAGAGCGUGCGCGCGUGUUCUCAGUAUUAAUACAAGUUUUGUUAUACUUUGAGAUUAAAAUUUAUUCAAAACUAUAGCCCGGUAUUAUGAGUCUCAUUAAUUUGAUGAGGGUCCCGCCCAUGUUAAUUUUGGAUAUUAUACUGUUCAAAGGAAGUUUCGUGUUCCUAGAUUUGUCUGAUCAAAUAUUUUUAGAAAAAAAUGAAUUUUUAAAAUGUAUUUUUGAUCAGCUUGAGAUCAAUGAGUCUGCACUAUAUUACAAGACCAUAUUUAUUUCCUUCAUCAAAGUAAUGUUCUGUUUGAUUCUUUGUUUAUCAUUAUAUUCAUUUUUUCUACCUGCCAAACACUUAUACCUGAUGUACAUUCAUGUAGUUUCUGUAUGUAUUGUACUUCUUUCUAAUUGGGCGAACAUACAAACAUUGAAARUUGUAUAUGGAAAAURUGAAAACUUUGAAAUUAAUGCGUUUCAUAAAGAUAUAACAUGGGAUGUAGAUGGAUUUUUAUAUAUUUUUACAGAAUUACAAAGUACACAUUUAUUUUAUCCGUUAUUCAAUAAUUUAAUCAUUCAGUGUAUUCUAUCACUAGUUUUUAAAAAUCUUCAAGUGUCUACUAGAAAUCAUUCAAUUCAUAAAGUUUUCAGCUUUAGCUUUACCAUUCCUACAUUAAUCGGAAUUUUACACAUAACACGGGGACAUGGAAUUUUGAAUAUUAUAUUAGCAUUAUUCUCAACAAUACUGCCAUGGUGUAUUAUCAAGAAAACAUUUUUUUUAAAUCUAUUUUCAGUUUCAAAUUUAUUUUAUUACAGAUAUAUGCGACCGAACAUCAAUAAUUAUGAAAUGCUUGCUCGGAUUAACAUGGAUUUGAAUAGUUUGAACAUUUUAAGUGUUCUGCGAAUAUUCUGGGCUAUACGAGUACUAGCACAAAUUCUACACCUGUUAAUUGAUAUGGAAACACAAAAUGAAACUUUGUUUGGAAUUGUGAAAUAUUUGGUAGCUCAAGGAUGUGAUACAAUACCUGCAAUUUUAGGAAUGUCUAGUUUUGUAUCAUAUUUUUGUAAUUAUAUAUAUGUAUUCUUCCAAAGGUUUAUGUUGACUGAUGAGGUGGAUAAUAAUGACAAAAAUAUUGAAAAAGAUUCUGCAGUAUUAUUUUUUGUAUUAGUUAUAUCAAAAGGAGUAACAGGAUUUAAUUCAGAAAACUGUUUUAUAACACUCUGUAAAACUAUUGGUUUGCUUUGUGUUUUCCUACUUCAUCACAUCCAUGAAAACGUUGAUCAAUUAUUGUCUUUGUGUACUUCUAAUGCUUUAUCAUUUAAAAGACAUUUAAGAGCUCUUUUAGUUAGUGGAUUCCUUAUACUGUUUCCAAUUACCAUGUUGACAUACUUGUGGUCUCAUCAUUCAAACUAUUGGCUAAUAUCAGUUUCUGCUUCUGGUAUUGAAUAUAUUAUAAAAACAUUGAUUUCAAUYGUUGUCUAUUUAUUACUCUUAAUUGAUAAUUAUUACCAAACAAAUUGGGAGAAUUUGGAUGAUUAUGUCAACAUUAUAAAAUCACUUGGCAAUUUGGUGGGGCUAUUUCUUAGAUUGUUUUCUUUAAACAUUGGUGUUUUAGAUAUUGCUCUUUCACCUGACAGUACAGUCUAUUCACUUGUAAUAUUGUUUAUACCUAUGUGUGUACAUGGAUAUGAAAACAUAUUUUGUGUCGCUUGGGACGAAUGGAUGACAACUACUGAUCGCCAAUUAGCUGCCAAAGAAAUUGCAUUAUUAUUAGAUGCUACUAAGGAUCAAUUGUCUGAACUAGAUGAUGUCUGUGCUAUUUGCCUUCAAAAUAUGAGAUCAGCAAAAAUUACUAAAUGCAAUCAUUAUUUCCACGGUGCAUGUCUGUAUAAAUUAUUGCUCUACACAGAUUUCCAAGUUCAAUGCCCAUUGUGUCAAAAUAAUAUUAUAUCCUAUACAGAAACCUAAAAUGUCCAGACUCAAAAUCAUAAGCAAAACUACAGAUCAGGCCACUAAGACCAUCA